AUGAAUACUAAAUGGAAACAAUCGGGAAUAACUAUUGCUGGAGGUGAUAGACCUGGUAAAGAAUUGAACCAAUUAUUUUGGCCUCAGAAUAUCUAUGUUGAUGAUGAUCAAAUGAUUUAUAUUGCUGACUAUGGAAAUGAUCGUAUUCUUAAAUUAAAUUCGAAUGAAAACAAUAGUCAAGUUGUAGCAAGUAGAAGUGAAUAUGGAAAUAGAAUUAUUCAAUUAUUUCAACCAACAGAUAUAACUGUUGAUAAAAAAAAUGAUUCUUUGAUAAUUUGCGAUUGGGGAAAUAGACGAGUUGUACGCUGGUCUAGUCAAAAUGAUAACAACGUACAAAUACUUAUUUCUGAUGUUGACUGUUACGGUAUAACAAUGGAUAAGAAUGGAAAUCUUUAUGUUUCUGAUUAUAAAAAGGAUGAAGUAAGACAAUGGAAAAAAGGAGAAGUAAACGGAACAAUAAUUGCAGGUGGAAAUGGAAAAGGAAAUAAUCUUAAUCAACUCAAUUGGCCUACUUUCAUUUUUGUUGAUCAAGAUUGUUCACUCUAUGUAUCAGAUAAUAACAAUCAUCGUGUAAUGAAAUGGAUAAAAGAUGCAAAACAAGGUAUUAUUGUUGCUGGUGGACAUGAUCAAGGAAAUAAUUUGACACAAUUAUCUAAUCCUCAUGGAAUUUUUGUUGAUCAUUUGAAUAAUGUUUACGUGGCUGAUUUUGGGAAUCAUCGAAUAGUACGUUGGUCGCCGGGAUCUAAGGAAGGAAGUAUUAUUGUUGGUGGGAAUGGUGAAGGGAAACAACAAAAUCAGUUGAAUGGUCCCAUAGAAUUAUCAUUGGAUUUCGAAGGACAUUUUUAUGUCGUCGAUCAUAGAAAUAAUCGAAUACAAAAAUUUCUUGUUGAUUUAAAUUGA